CAGAGCCAGCCCACUCAGAGCGCUAUUUAAGGGCCUCUCUUGCACAGUGCAGCGAAGUUUCAGACACACACUUGUUCUGCAGUCAGCGUGUGUUCUCCAUCUCUCUCUCUCCUCCUCUCUGCCAGAGUUUCACCUGAAGCUAUGAACACUGGAAUCUGUGUGUGCGUGCUGCUGGCUGCCCUCUCCACCAGCAGUUGCAUUUCUCUCCAUACACAAUCAGAAGAUGGGGUUCAGUCUGAUCUCGGUACCAUAGUGGAACACACACGCCACACCCGUGCAGCGCCCUCCAGUGGACAACUGAGCCUGCUGUCUAAACAAGAGGAUGAGGAAGAACCCCGCAGCAGCUUGACUGAACUACUGGCCAGAAUCAUCUCCACCAAAGGUACAUACCGCAGAAGUUCCUCUCCGAAUAGCAGGUCCAUGGGCUCCACUCACAGAAUAAAGGACAGAGAUUACCUGGGAUGGAUGGAUUUUGGCCGACGGAGCGCAGAGGAGUAUGAAUACUCCUCAUAAGACCCAUUCAACCACUUACAUGAAUCAACCUGAUUAGCCAAUCAUCUGUACAGAGUCACCCAUUUCAAUGUCAAUCAAUCACAGUCUGAGCUCGGUCUGAUGUAAAUUUGUUUGUACAAUGGAGAUGAUGCAAUAUAUGAAUACAUGUGUCCAUCUAUAUACAUUUAUUUUGCAGAAAAAAACGAGUGAGAAUGUAGUCUCUACUGCUUUUAUUCUCGUAACUCAUGUAUAUAUGAUUUUGUCCUAUGACAUAUCACAGAUGUCUAUGAAUAAAUCAUUGCCUUAACUCACUCA